UGCACACAGCCAGAGGGGGAGUUCAGCUCGUUUCACCGUUCACCGACUCCGCGUGACGCUUAAACACGAGCAGCGCGCGGCGAACGCGACGAAGCUCUCGCGCUCUCUCACGCGCAAAGGAACGAAUGCAUACUGAUGAAUUUGAAUCUACCGUGUCAGAUCGGACCUGAGCGUUUUAAUCGAUGUCGGAGUUUUAUCUCUGGAUAUAAGCCGAAUCCUCCUCCUCCUCCUCAGCUGAACGGAAAGACCUCAUCAAAGAGGCAAAUUAUGCCAGCAGUACCAGAGUCGCUGUCUCUGGUGACGUGCCAGCCUGUUGGUGAGACCCUUCGCUCCAGCACCCACCCCUGUGCCCUCUCCCCUGGCAGGCCCAUGCUGGUGGACGCCCCGCUCAGGCCCACGCCCGCACCAUGAGCGCCAACGGCCCUGCUCCGCGUGCUGCGACUCCUGCCGCACCCCCCGCAGCCUCCGUGCCUGUAUCGUCAGUGGUACCGGUCGGCUCGCUGGCCCAGAAGAAGCGGCAGCAGUAUGCCAAGAGCAAAAAACAGGGCAGUUCGGCCAACACGCGGGCACAGAGAGCUCUCUUCUGCCUCAACCUCAACAAUCCCAUCCGCCGGGCCUGUAUCAGCCUCGUGGAAUGGAAGCCAUUUGAUAUCUUUAUAUUGAUAGCGAUUUUCGCCAACUGUAUGGCCUUAGCUGUAUACAUCCCCUUUCCCGAGGAUGAUUCCAACUCAACCAACCACGACCUGGAAACAGUCGAAUAUGCCUUCCUUAUCAUUUUCACUAUCGAAACCUUCCUGAAGAUCAUAGCGUACGGCUUGGUGAUGCAUCAGAACGCGUAUGUCCGAAACGGAUGGAACAUGCUGGAUUUCGUCAUUGUCGUCAUAGGAUUGUUUAGUGUUGUCUUGGAAAUUUUGACCAAAGAUGUGGAGAAGGAUUCUGUGAGCCACCCACCCGUUCACGGCCAUGGAGGGAAACCAGGAGGUUUCGAUGUCAAAGCCCUCAGAGCCUUUCGAGUGCUGCGACCACUUCGCCUGGUCUCAGGAGUGCCCAGUUUACAGGUGGUGCUGAACUCCAUCAUUAAAGCCAUGGUUCCCCUCCUCCACAUUGCCCUGCUGGUUCUGUUCGUUAUCAUCAUCUACGCCAUCAUCGGUUUGGAGCUUUUCAUUGGAAAAAUGCAUGCUUCCUGUUACUUUCAGGGAACAGAAAUAAUAGAGGACGAACCCGCACCGUGUGCUGUUAACGGUCAUGGCCGCACAUGCCCCAUUAACGGCACCGUUUGUAAGGAGGGCUGGCAUGGCCCCAACGGAGGCAUCACGAACUUCGACAACUUCAUGUUUGCCAUGCUCACUGUGUUUCAGUGCAUUACCAUGGAGGGCUGGACUGAUGUGCUCUACUGGAUGAAUGAUGCUAUGGGGUUGGAGCUGCCCUGGGUGUACUUUGUGAGCUUGGUCAUCUUCGGCUCUUUCUUCGUCUUGAACCUGGUUCUGGGUGUGUUGAGCGGAGAGUUCUCCAAAGAGCGAGAGAAGGCGAAGGCUCGUGGAGAUUUCCAAAAGCUACGAGAGAAACAGCAGCUGGAGGAAGAUCUGAAAGGUUAUCUGGACUGGAUCACGCAAGCCGAAGACAUCGACCCUGAGAAUGAAGAGGAAGAUGAGGAAAGCAAACGCAACCGGGUUACGUUGGCCAGCCUGAUGGAGAAGAAGAAGAAAGGGUUUAGCUGGUUCAGCCAGUCCUCUGACACUCAUGCAAGCAUGCCGGCGAGUGAGACCGAAUCCAUGAAUACAGAAAAUGAGAAAGGAGAAGAUGAGAAGGCGACAUGUUGCGGCCCAACAUGUCAAAAAAUCUCAAAAUCAAAGUUCAGUCGGCGCUGGCGUCGCUGGAACCGGUUGUGUCGAAGGAAUUGUCGUUUGGCUGUGAAAUCUGUGCCAUUCUAUUGGCUGGUGAUCAUCUUGGUGUUCCUCAACACUUUGACUAUCUCUUCAGAGCAUUACAACCAACCCAUGUGGCUCACACAAGUCCAGGAUGUGGCCAAUAAAGUGCUGCUGGCCCUGUUCACGUGCGAGAUGUUGGUGAAGAUGUACAGUCUGGGUCUGCAGGCUUAUUUCGUGUCUCUGUUUAAUCGCUUUGACUGCUUUGUGGUGUGCGGAGGCAUCACAGAGACAAUCCUAGUCGAGUUUGAGGUUAUGUCACCUCUCGGCAUCUCAGUGUUUCGGUGUGUGCGACUUCUCAGGAUCUUUAAAGUCACACGUCAUUGGGCAUCUCUCAGUAACUUGGUGGCAUCUCUGCUGAACUCCAUGAAGUCCAUCGCUUCUCUACUGCUGCUGCUCUUCCUCUUCAUCAUCAUCUUCAGCCUCCUCGGUAUGCAGGUGUUUGGUGGCAAGUUUAACUUUGACGAGACCCAAACGAAGAGGAGCACCUUUGACAACUUCCCUCAGGCCUUGCUCACUGUGUUUCAGAUUCUGACUGGUGAAGACUGGAAUGCCGUCAUGUACGAUGGAAUUAUGGCGUACGGCGGCCCAUCAUCGUCAGGAAUGAUCGUGUGCAUCUACUUCAUCAUUCUCUUCAUAUGUGGAAAUUACAUUCUUCUCAAUGUGUUCUUGGCUAUCGCUGUGGACAACCUUGCUGAUGCAGAGUCUCUGAACACAGACAACGAUGAUAAAAAGAAAUGUGAUGAAAUUUAUGAAAUUGAAGAUGAUGUCAAGCCUGAAGAGGAGGAUGAGAAAGACAAUGCAGAGGAGGAUGAAGAAGAGCCGGACGUUCCUGCGGGGCCCCGCCCAAAGAUCUCAGAGCUGGUUAAGAAGGAGAAAAUCACUCCAAUCCCAGAGGGCAGUGCGUUCUUCAUCUUUAGCAACACAAACCCAAUUCGUGUGGCGUGCCACAAGCUGAUAAACCACCACAUCUUCACCAACCUCAUCCUUGUCUUCAUUAUGCUAAGCUCCGCCUCCUUGGCAGCUGAGGACCCAAUCAGAAACUUCUCUGCCCGGAAUAUUAUACUUGGUUACUUUGACUAUGCUUUCACGGCUAUCUUUACUGUAGAGAUCGUGUUAAAGAUGACCACGUAUGGCGCGUUCCUCCACAAGGGGGCCUUCUGCAGAAACUACUUUAAUCUUCUAGAUCUGCUGGUGGUCGGCGUGUCGCUGGUGUCCUUCGGAAUUCAAUCGUCGGCCAUCUCAGUGGUGAAGAUACUGAGGGUUCUGAGGGUGCUGCGUCCACUCAGGGCCAUAAACAGAGCUAAAGGACUGAAGCAUGUGGUCCAGUGUGUGUUUGUGGCUAUCAGGACUAUCGGAAACAUCAUGAUUGUCACCACGCUGCUACAGUUCAUGUUUGCCUGCAUUGGUGUACAGCUCUUCAAGGGGAAGUUUUACCGCUGUAAUGAUGACACCAAGACCAUCCCAGAAGAGUGCAAGGGAACGUAUAUCCUGUAUAAGGAUGGAGACGUGAACCAGCCGUUCAUUCAGAAGCGCCACUGGCACAACAGCGAUUACAACUUUGAUAACGUGCUCAUGGCUAUGAUGGCUCUAUUCACAGUGUCCACGUUUGAAGGCUGGCCAGCGUUGUUGUACAAGGCCAUAGACUCCAACCGGGAGAACAUGGGUCCGAUCUACAACUACCGUGUGGAGAUUUCCAUCUUCUUCAUCAUUUACAUCAUCAUCAUCGCCUUCUUCAUGAUGAACAUCUUCGUGGGUUUCGUCAUUGUGACCUUUCAGGAGCAGGGAGAGAAAGAGUACAAAAACUGUGAGCUGGACAAGAACCAGCGUCAGUGUGUGGAGUACGCGUUAAAAGCGCGUCCUCUCAGGAGGUACAUCCCAAAGAACCCGUAUCAGUAUAAGUUCUGGUACGUGGUGAACUCCACCGGCUUCGAGUACAUCAUGUUCGUCCUGAUCUUACUCAACACCAUCUGUCUCGCUGUUCAGCAUUACGGUCAGUCCGAGAUGUUCAAUUAUGUUAUGGACAUCUUGAAUAUGGUCUUCACCGCCGUCUUCACUGUGGAGAUGGUGCUCAAACUGAUUGCCUUCAAACCCCGGCAUUAUUUCACUGACGCAUGGAACACGUUUGAUGCCUUAAUUGUUGUCGGUAGCGUCGUAGAUAUUGCUAUCACAGAAGUCAACCCCACAGAGGCACCUCAGGUGGAUGAGACGGGGAACACUGAAGACAGCGCUCGCAUUUCAAUCACCUUCUUCCGUCUUUUCCGAGUGAUGCGAUUGGUCAAGCUACUGAGCAGGGGGGAGGGCAUUCGAACCCUCCUCUGGACCUUCAUCAAGUCCUUCCAGGCCCUGCCGUAUGUCGCUUUGUUGAUAGCCAUGCUCUUCUUCAUCUAUGCUGUCAUUGGCAUGCAGAUGUUUGGGAAAGUUGCCAUGGUGGACCACACACAAAUCAACAGGAACAACAACUUUCAAACCUUCCCUCAGGCUGUGCUUCUGCUCUUCAGGUGUGCAACUGGUGAAGCCUGGCAGGAGAUCAUGUUGGCGUGUAUGCCAGGGAAGCUGUGUGACCCCGAGUCGGACUAUAAUCCAGGAGAAGAGAUGACCUGCGGGAGCAGCUUUGCUAUUGUCUACUUCAUCACCUUCUACAUGCUCUGCGCCUUUCUGAUCAUUAACCUGUUUGUGGCUGUCAUCAUGGACAACUUUGACUAUCUGACCCGUGAUUGGUCGAUUCUGGGGCCACAUCAUCUCGAUGAGUUCAAGAGGAUUUGGUCAGAGUAUGAUCCAGAGGCCAAAGGCAGAAUAAAACAUCUUGAUGUAGUGACGUUGCUGCGCCGUAUUCAGCCGCCACUUGGUUUCGGGAAACUCUGUCCUCAUAGAGUCGCCUGCAAGAGGCUGGUGGCUAUGAACAUGCCUCUGAACAGUGACGGCACUGUCAUGUUUAAUGCAACACUCUUUGCUCUUGUUAGAACUGCGCUGAAGAUCAAAACAGAAGGUAACCUAGAGCAGGCGAAUGAAGAGCUCAGAGCUGUGAUUAAGAAGAUCUGGAAAAGAACAAGCAUGAAACUUCUGGAUCAAGUGGUGCCCCCUGCUGGUGAUGAUGAGGUAACGGUGGGGAAGUUCUAUGCCACUUUCCUGAUACAGGACUACUUUAGGAAAUUCAAGAAACGCAAAGAGGAAGGCCUGGUGGGCGUUCACCCAGCACAGAACAACACCGCCGUCGCCCUGCAGGCUGGCCUUCGUACGCUGCAUGACAUUGGGCCAGAAAUCCGCCGUGCGAUAUCAUGUGACCUGCAGGAUGAUGAGCUAGUAGACUUUAUGCCAGAGGAGGACGAAGAAAUUUAUAGGCGGAAUGGGGGACUCUUUGGCAACCACAUUAACCAUGUAAAUGGUGAUACCCGAAGAAGCUCCGGCCAUCAGACAAACGCCACACAGCGCCCCCUGCAGGUACAGCCGCCCCCACAUUAUGCCCACAUGGAGCAGCCUGUGGGGCGCCUGGGUCGUGCCAACAUUAUGGCGCAGCAAAACCAUCAUCGCCACCACCACCACCAUCAUCAUCAUCACAACUCCUACAACAAGUCGCCCAAGUCUACCAACAUCAACCUCAACAACGCCAAUGUGUCAAGUCUACCCAACGGAGGACACAAUCGUUACUAUGAGCAUAUGCCUGCUAACGGUUACCCGGGAUCGUACUAUGGAGAAUAUGACAAGCCCAGGACCCCACAUGGUCAAAGAAGGCGCUACUAUGAGACGUAUAUUAGAUCGCAGGACAAUGACAGAAGGCGACCCACUAUACGCCGCGAAGAGGAGUACGAAGAAGAUCAUUACACUGGAGAGUACUACAGUGGAGAUGAGUUUUACGAAGAUGACAGCAUGCUGUCGGGUGACAGGUACCCCAACAGUGACCAGGAGUACGAGACACCACGGGGUUACCAUCAUCCUGACAGCUGCUAUGAGGAUGACGAGCAGCCCCUUUAUCAUGAUUCACAUAGGUCACCAAAGAGAAGACUGCUUCCUCCAACACCGCAAGGUAAUCGGAGACCAUCGUUUAAUUUCGAGUGUCUGCGCAGACAGAGCAGUCAGGAUGAUCUUCCUCACCAGCGUACUGCUCUUCCAUUACAUCUCAUGCAACACCAGGUGAUGGCAGUAGCGGGUCUCGACUCCAGCAGGGCUCACAGGCUUUCACCGACUCAAUCUACUAGAUCAUGGGCAUCACCUCCUCCCACUCCUGCAAGUAAAGACCGGACGCCGUACUACACACCGCUUAUCCGCGUGGACCGUCCUCUGAGGGACAGCGCCCACAGCAGUCACUCAUCCAUCAGGAAAAGCUCGUGGUAUACAGACGACCCCGAGUACCAGAGGAACUACUCACCCGUUCACCUGCAGGUCCCACCCGAGUAUAGAACCCAGUACCACCAAAAGAGAGGCAGCGCUACCAGCCUGGUGGAGGCAGUCUUGAUAUCAGAAGGACUGGGUCGAUAUGCCAAGGAUCCAAAGUUUGUGGCCGCCACGAAGCACGAGAUCGCAGAUGCGUGCGAGAUGACCAUCGACGAAAUGGAGAGCGCCGCCAGCCAUCUACUGAACGGGGGCAUUACGCAGGGUGUCAACGGCGUCGCUGUCUUUCCUAUAAUGAGCCACAGAGACUACGAGCUGCAAGAUGUCUCCGCUAGCUACAGUGACGAGGAACCAGAACUCGAACCCCGACCGCAGUAUGAGGAGGACCUGGCAGAUGAAAUGAUAUGCAUUACCACUUUAUAGCACUUGAUAAGCGGCUACUGCUGUUCCUCAGAAACUGAUCAGCAAAACAAACAAAUCGAAAUAUAGUAUAUUUACUGGCUUACUACCUAAAGAAGUGCCUUUACAGCAGAGCAGACAGGCACCAGAAGAACGGACGCAUUGCUGCCGCUUGCUCACUUCCUGCUCACACAGGAAUUUGGCAGUCAUGGCACCAGGGAGGAGCUUAGAACUCUGGAGGUAAACUUUAAUUGGCUGCUUGUACCGUCACUGCAGGAAAUGGACCAAUGAGCAGUGAGGGGAGGUACCCGGGGUGGGGGGUGGCAGGCUGUUUCCACGGUGAUGACAAUCAAACGAAUGUCAUUACCUCAGUCACUUUAUUAAGGGUUUUGCAUAUCAAGCACGUUGCAAGCUCAAUGCAAGCUAAGUACGGCAUAUCCCUCAACAAAGGCUUUAGUUUCGACGCGCCCCGUAUUUUAGUACCGUUUAAGGCAAAGUGCAUAUUUUAGAGAACAAACGCUAAUUCUACAACACUGGUUUACAAUAAGGAUAUCAUGCAGCUUGAUGGAUUUUGAGAGGAUUUCAGCAUUUGUGUUGAAUGCACUAGCAGACAGGUUAUUUUUUUAAUUUAGGAUAGCCUGUUUGAUAUUUCAUAAUAUGCUGUAAAUGACUUGUAAUAUAUAAAGGUAAAGAAAACUUUGUAAAGAGACAUAUAUUUUGUAAUUGUGUACUGUACAAAAAAAAAAAGAAAAGCAGCAAUAUUAAUCCUAAUUGAUGUUAUUGCAUUUCAAAAAAAGACUAAAUUCGGUGUUAUUUUAAUAGGUACUGUACUUUAUUAUUAAAUACUUUGCCUUUAUUCUUUUCUCAUAUGCAUUCUUACUUGUUUGUGAAAACCAUAGAACAAAAAAAAAGCCAAUUUUCUAUGAAGUUGAGUGUGUGACACACCCGCACAAGAUAUGCAAGUUGUUUUCUCAAUGUCCAUUUUCAUAAGCGGAACCGACGUAGUGUUCUUUUCAAAUUGACGGCAUGUAGUAUGGGUCAUGAGCGCUGACCCCCUUUAAGAGGAUUUUAGUAGGGCUUACAGAAUCAUGUCUUAAUCGCACUCUUGUGUGUGUGUAUAUUGAACGAGUCUGUUGAAUAGGACAUCUCGUUUUAAGGGUUCGUGUUUUGUGCAUAUUUUGUGCUGGGGUGGUGCACUGGAAGGUGCAAUGGUAAAUGCUUUUUGCAUUAACAAUGCUGCUUUAUUAGUCUGCAAUUAAACUAUAAGACCCUCACUAGGAACAUGCUGCCACUUUGAAAAGCCUGCUGCCACUGGCUGAUCUAGGAAUAACCCACUACUGCAAGGGUUUCAGAUUAGCAAAUCAUUUCCACUAAUGUAUUUAGGUGUUUUGAAUACUGAAAUCUUCCUUAAGUUUUAUAAUGAUGAUAAUUAUGAUGGUGAAAUGUGAUGGUGGGGGAGUUUUGGGUUGCUUGAAGUGCAUGUUCACAUCAUGAAUCCUUAAAGGAAACAGUUCAGGCAAAAAUGAAAAUCCUGUCUUUAUUCACUCACCUUCAAAUUGUUUUGUUCUCAACUGAAAAUGUUGUGUUCUGGAAGUAAAAACUCAUUCAUUUUCUCCAUAGGGAAAUAGAUUUUUAAUGAUAACUUAUAAAUCUUUAACGACAGUCCUGAGCCAUAAGGUUGUUAAUCGAUAAUCCAUAAUCGAUACACUAUGCUGUCGAGAUAUAUAUAUAUAUAUAUAUGCAUAUUUUGCAAGAAACUCACAUACAGUUUCUAUAGAUAUAACAGACUAGUCAAUAGUUAUAUAUGUAUUUCUCCAUUGUUUUUAAUUCAAUUGUCUUUUGCAGUGUUUCAUGGAAUACUUUUUCUUUGAAUAAAGGUUUGUAAUGUGCAACCUCAGCUGGUUGAUUUGAUUCGUGGAUUAUAAUGCUUUAAUGAAACUUUAAAGGAAUCUUUAUGGGGGGACAAAUUAUUCUAGAACCAACAUAAAACAUAAAGUGGGCCACUAAAGCAAUCUAUAGAAAAAUAUAUUUUUUAUAAUUUUCAUGCUCAAAAGUUAUUAUAUUGCAAUCCUCUAUUUAAAACAGUAGAAUAAGAUAAAAAUUUUACACAUAAAAAUGCAAUGAAAGUCUUUGACUAAAAGCAUCUUCCAGAUGCAUUAAUGUCAUGUAAUAGUAAACACAUGCUAACUGUACAUUGCAACUUAGAGUUAGAAUGAAUGCAUUUACACAGAUACAAAUACGACUGUAUGCUUUAAUACUUAUGCUUGAGGUAGGACAGAGCAGGCUUAAUCCACUCUGGUUUUUAUGCUGCAUUACGUGUUUACACAGAAUUCUGAGCAGGCACAGAGCAAAUGGCAUAAAAUGCCUGAAAUAAAAAUACUGUACUGGGUAAAAAAAUAAACAAAACACUUGGACAGUUCAUUAAGAAGUAGUAAGAAUUUGCAUUUGAAAGUUAAGGGUGAGCAAAUAAUGACACAAUUUUCAUUUUUGGGUGCACUAUCCCUUUAAGCAGGACAAGAAACUAGUUAAGCAAUACUGCCCCCCCCCCCUUUUAUUUUUUUUAUUUUACUCUUUCGUUUGUUCUUUCUUUUCACCUCUCACUUCAGCUCUGGCUUCUGGAAAUACCUCUUUUAGUGCAGGGGAAACAUAUCAACAUUUGAAGCGUCCUUUUUGUUGUGUAUUGGUUUUUUUUGCCUAUAAAGUGUUGUAAAUCCAUCCUUAGGCCUCAACAAGGUACUCAAUUCAAUUGACCUUUUGACAUUUUUGACAAAGUAAUGGGCAAAAAAAAUAAAAGUUGGACUGCAAAGACCACUGCCUUGAAGUGUAAAGCUUCAGUACAGUUUAAAUAAAGGGAAACGUGGGGCUGGUUGAAAUUCUUGUGCUUGAGUGUUAUUGAUCUCUUGUGUUUUGGAAGAGUACUGUGCUUUUCAGUCAACCGAAUACUGUCAUGAAACACUGCGUGUGCACAUCUGAAAGGGCUCUCUGAAAUGAUCCGUGCGAGAAAAAAAAAAAGAAAAAAAAAAGAUGUUGUGUUCUGGUCUUCAUGUCAAUUAUACUUAUAUCUUGUAAACGGACCAAUGCACAUUCUUGGCACAUUGUACUAUUCGUAGCAAUUACUGGUAAGGACAAUAAAAUAUGCAUUAUUUAUAUAAUAAACAAAAGAAAAAACUUUUUCAAAAAAAAAAAAAAAAAACUAAAGACUUAACUUUUACCUCGUGUCAGGGACUCCUGAAAAGAAAGAAUAAAAUUUGGUUUCUUAAUAUACCAAUGGGAUUUUACUAUUAGCACAUUGCUGUUCGUCUUUGCACAAAUUACUGUAAUGUGCAAUUUGUUUUCCCCUGUUUUCUAUUCAUAUUUUGUGUAUCAAGAUGGGCGAAUUUUGUACUUUUUUCUGUGACUGUGCGUACAGUUUAGUGAUAAUAUAUUUGUCAUUUACAUUUCACCUUUCAGUGCUGGGACAAAAAGAAGGAAGGAAAAAAAGGUGCACUCCUCUGUAUCGUUAACGUUGAUUUGUUGACAAAAAAAAAAAAAAAAAAAACCUUGAAAAAAGUAUUAUACAAGUUUUCAGAGCCACAUCUGUUGAUUAUCACAUUUACAUCUAGAGUUGUUGCUACUACUAUUAUACUUUUUCUUAUUAAUGCUGUAAGGAAACAUAAGUUUCUAGUGUAACAUAUGUACAGAAGUAAUGGAACGAUGCGUGGUGAUGUUCUCCAUUUGAAAGUCUUUAUCUUUGCUCUGUUAUGGUUUCUAUUUCAUGAAGAAAAAUAAAAAGGGGUUUUCUUCGUA